AUGAAUCAAUUGUGUGGUUGUCAAAUUAUCAAUGGCGUUGUUGCUUUUUGCGAUUUGCAUCGUUUUCCAAUGGUUAGUUUUCUGGGAAUUCGUAAUUAUAAUUGCGUGUGAAGUCUGUGAACCAAAAAUAAUUCACACUGUGAACCAAAAAUAAUUGUGACAAAAAAAGUAAUGCUCAGAUUGUGAGAAACUCAAUUUUGAUAUAUAUCUAUUACAGUAUCCCAGGGCUCAAAAAUAACACCGGCUGCUCUUGAGCUGAGUACAGUAAACCUCUCCCCUACCUCAGUAAAACAUCUUGCAAAGUGAAGUCUUCUCAAAAUGAAUCAUGAAACUUUUCUGAAAUUCAAACUCAAUUUUUCAGAAGCAAAAUGAAGUUUUCAAAAGAGUUUGAAUUCGCUUUUUAAGUUUAGGUUUCUAGUUUGGAAGUUAUAAAAAUUGAACUCCUGAAAUUUUAACUUUGAUGUUAAAUUUGGAAACUUGAAAUUAAUUACCAAUAUAUUUCCAGUUCUGUUAGGUUUCCGAACAAACCCCAAACUUCUGCUACAGUAUCCUAUGACCCUUAGGCAACACCUGUGAUAACAUCUGAAUACAUUUUACUAUUUUUUUUUCAAAACAUCUGCAUAGUUGUACUUGUCCAUCUGUGUCAGGUGUCCAUAAAAAUUUGUUAACAAAUUUUUUUCAAAAAAAAAAAUCUUGGGGAGAUAAAAAUUAAUAGGUGUGGUGUGGUUUUUUAUCUAUGGUUGGCAGGACAACCAGCAUCUUGUUAGAAUAAAUAAAUAAUUAUUAUGUGAGAGUUCAAUUGUUUUCUUGUAACUCGUUGGAAAAAAACAAUUGGUUAGAUGUGAUGGAUAAAGAAUAUAAAUUAUAGUGUGUAGAUUUACGGGAAAUAAUGGGUCCUACAGCGAAUUUACAGUACCUGACUUCGCGUGAACAACGGUAGCUCUAACAAGGGGGUUUGCAUGCAGCUCUCUUUUCUACGAAAAUUUUGACCACGAGAAAAACAGCUAGGUGGCCAAGUGGUUAGCGCUAUUGUCUUUUGCUCUCUAGUCCAAGGAUCGGUUCCCCUCGCCUGCGAACUUUUUUUUUCAAUUUUUCAAAUGUCUUGAGCCGCGAAUCUACAGUAAUCACUUCCUAAUUUUAUUUUUCAGCCUGAUCUUGGAAUGAUUCCACGAAUGUACAUCAACCAACCAAUGGGAAAUAUGUUCCAACCACAAGGUGGCCCACAAAUUGCUCGCUACGUCUUCAACAUUCAAGACAUGCAUUAUCAUUUUCAACAAGCUGCUCAACACUAUUUCGCAGCACAACAACAACAACCAAUUCGGGUGAAUGUUCGAGCUCGCGCUGGAUGGAAUCAACAAAAUGUUGUUUUUGCUGAAGGAGAAGAAGAAGAAGAAGAAGGCGUUGAAGAGGUUGAAGAAGCUGAAGGUGAAGAUGCCAAUGGAAAUGACAGAGUUGAAGAAUUGGGGGAAGAGCAAGAGCAAGCGGCUUUGAAUGAUGAAGAAGCUGAGGAUGAAGAGGAGGAUGAACAACCACAAGAUCCAGCUCCAGUUGUAGUAGCUCCUCGUCGAGAUAGAUUUGAUAUCAUUAAUGAUAUUUUGGUGGUUCAAGAAAUCAGAAUAAGCAAGACUAAAGGAACUCAAACAAAUCGUGAUUUGGAAGAUGGAGAAGAAGGAGACGGGAAUGUUGAAGGAGAUCAAAACGGAGAAGAUGAUGUGGAACGGCCACCACGUGAAAGUUCUUCAAUGAUUCCAGAUAUUCGAGCCUAUUACCGCGAGAUCAUGGGCGUUAACUUCAAAGUUGAUUUCGUUAUAACUGACGGAGGCCGAGUCGAAUUCAAAUAUGAUCACUGCGUGAUUCGCUAUGGGACCGAAGUCGUUGAAAACAGCGACCGAAAAAGACAAAUCUUCGGUCAAUUGGGUGUGAAUCCCCUUUUGGAUCAUGAAUUAUUUGCCAUGGUUCAGCUCACUUUUCCCGAAACACGAAAACGUCGUGUUGACAACACUGUAAGUUAGAUUUAAAAAAAAACAGAAUAGAAUGUUUCAAAUUUCAAUUUUUUCAGCCAACAAACAUUGUGUUCACAAGAGUUUUGAUCGAGGAAGACGACUUGGAAUAA